AUGGAGAAGAAAUCCCUGUCGGUGACCGACUAUGCCCUCUUCGUCGGAUCCCUACUGCUGGCUCUCCUCAUCGGAGUGUACCAAGCGUGGAAAGGAAGGAAGGACACGGCCAAGGAGCUCGUGGUGGCCUCCAAGGGGCUGUCCCUGACUCCCAUCACUCUGUCCCUCGUCGCCACUUACCUCUCGGCCGUUCUGCUGCUCGGUACGCCGGCUGAAAUCUAUGCCAAUGGGACGGAAUGGUGGGUGCAGAUCAUCGGGUAUUGCAUCGGGAUCCCCUUGGCCACGGUCGUCUUCCUGCCCAUCUUCUAUCCUCUCAAGCCGACGAGCAUUUUCGAGUACUUCGAGCUGAGGUACAGGUCCAAGAUGGUGCGGACCUUCGCGAGUCUCCUGUUCGUGCUUCAGAUGACCCUCUACAUGGGCGUGGCGUUGUACGCUCCCGUGGUUGCCGUGAGCGCGGUGACCACCAUCCCGGAGUGGGUCGCCAUCGUGCUGGCCGGGACCAUUUGCACGUUCUACACUGCCAUCGGCGGCAUCAAAGCCGUGGUGUGGACGGACGUCUUCCAAGUCUGCAUCAUGCUCGGCGGCAUGCUCGUCAUCAUCAUUUACGGGACGGUUCUCGUCGGCGGGAUUCACGAGGUCUGGCGGAUCAACGCGGAAUAUCAACGAAUCACGUUCUUCAAUUUCUCAGGUGACGUCUUCGAGCGGCACACGUUCUGGUGGCUCGUGAGCAACACGACCGUCAUGUGGAUGCUGGCCCACGGGGCCAAUCAGGCGUCGGUUCAACGUUACUGCAGUCUGCCGACGAAACGUCAGGCCCAAUGGUACGCGGCUUUGUACGGAGUUAUAGCCAUUUCCCUGGCCCUCCUGGCUGGAAGGUUGGGCGGUGUCCUGCAAGUGUGCGCCACGGUGACGUCUACCAUCGGUGCCCCUAUUCUCGUCCUCUUCCUCACCUCCGUCCUCUUCCCGUUCGUGAAUAAAAAGGGCGCAGUCUCGGGUACCCUGGUGGCGCUGGUCGUGGCAUGCUGGAUAGGCUUUGGAUCCUUCAUCGUCGGAGUCCCCAGGCCCAAACAGUUGCCUUCCUCCGUGAUGGGCUGCGCUGCCGAUCUGAACAUCACAUUGGUGGCGUUCGAGGAAGCGGGAGCUGCCUUCCAGGUGGAGGGGUCGACGGUGAGGAGCGUCUUCCACAUCUCUUAUCUGCUAUACUUGCACAUGGGGCUCAUCUCCGGCACUGUUGUUACCAUCGUCAUCAGCUUGCUAACAGGUCACUCGGAUUCUGCUUUCCUCGAUCAGUUCACUUGCAUUUUGUCCGUCUUCCCCCUCGGUGAUGUGGAAUGUAAUGCUCGUUCAGGUUGUAACAAGGAGGAAGAAGUCCCUGCUGGGCUCGUCCUGGAAGGGUGCCGCAAACUCUUUGGCUGCUCUCCCAACCGAUGUGAUGAUGUUCACCAUCCCCUCAUUCGCAUGCUGCUGACGGGGCUGUGUACAGUGUGA